AUACCCCAAUGUUUUUGUAACCGAUGGUGAUCUAGCAAUGGAAUGGGCAGUAGUACUAGAGUAUCCAGGAAUGCAACAUCUUUUUUGUAUUUGGCAUGUUAAGGAAAAUAUAAAAAAGAUGUUGCAUAGUAAUACUAUUGGGGCAACUUAUAAGUUUCCUAAUACAAGGUUGUAUCUUGAAUGUUACCUUUAUGAAUAUCAGUUUUCGUGGGCAUGUGCUUUCACUGUGACGGUAUUUACACUAGGAAUUCAAUCUACGUCUUUCGUCAAAAGUCAAAAUGCAUGCAUCAAGAGAGUGUUAGAAAGCAGUAAUACAUCUUUGUAUGAGUUAGAAUGGAAACGGGAUACUCCUUCUUCAACAAAUGUUGUUACUAUUUUUUCUACUAUUGAAUCUUUAGUAAAAUGCUAUUUAAGGCUGAACGUUUCUCAUUUUUUAAUAGAACAAAUGAAGGAAAGUUUGUAUUAUAUGGCUAGUCAUUCUACAGUUGAAGAGGUCGAGUCACUUAUCAUUUGUGAAUCAUCACAAA